GCGGGGAGAGGAACGAGCUGCGACAGUCACCGGGUAACUCGCGAUGCGCUUUGCGUGCAUACGUGGGCGCAGACUGUCCAACUGUAGAGUAACAGAUGGAGGCUGUGCUUCUCUGGCUUCAGCUCUGCAUUCGAACCCCUGUUCACAACUGAGAGAGCUGGAUCUGAGCUACAAUCGCCCAGGGGACUCAGGAGUGAAGCUGCUCUCUGAUCUACUGCAGGAUCCACACUGUAAACUACAGACACUGAGGCUGAGGAUGUGUGGACUCACAGAGAGAUGCUGUGAAGCUCUGGCCGCAGUUCUUACGUCAAACUCCUCACACCUGAAAGAGCUGGACUUGAAUGACAAUGACCUGCAGGAUUCAGGAGUAAAGCUCCUCUCUGCUGGACUGGGGAACCAACACUGUAAACUGGACACACUGAGACUUUCUGGCUGUUGUGUCACAGAGGAAGGCUGUGCUUCUCUGGCUUCAGCUCUGUGUUCCAACCCCUGUUCACAACUGAGAGAGCUGGAUCUGAGCUACAAUCACCCAGGAGACUCAGGAGUGAAGCAGCUUUCUGAUGUACUGCAGGAUCCACACUGUAAACUGGAGACACUGCAAAUGAAGAAAUGUAAUUUAACUGAGAGAUGUUGUGAAGCUUUGGUCUUGGCUUUGAAAUCAGAAACCUCACACUUGAAAGAGUUAGACCUGAGUGACAAUGACCUUCAGGAUUCAGGAGUGAAGAUACUCUCUGCUGGACUGGGGAACCAACACUGUAAACUGGAGAUAUUAAGACUUUCUGGCUGUUGUGUCACAGAGGAAGGCUGUGCUUCUCUGGCUUCAGCUCUGUGUUCGAACCCCUGUUCACAACUGAGAGAGCUGGAUCUGAGCUACAAUCACCCAGGAGACUCAGGAGUGAAGCAGCUUUCUCAUCUACUGCAAGAUCCACACUGUAAACUGGAGACCCUGCAUGUGGACCAUGGUGGACAGUGCAGGAUCAGACCAGGGCUCCUCAAAUACUCCUGCCAGCUCACACUGGACGAGCGCCUAGCAAACAGACACCUGCAUCUUUCUGAGGGCAACAGGAAGGUGACGUGGAGUGAAAAGGAGUUGGACUCAUACCCUGAUCAUCCAGACAGAUUUGAUUUCUGGAACCAAGUCUUGUGUGUAGAGAGUCUGUCUGGUCGCUCUUACUGGGAGGUUCAGUGGGGUGGAGAUGCUGCUGAAAUAGGAGUCACUUAUGAAGGAAUCGGUAGGAGAGGAAGUGACGCCGACUGUCGGCUUGGAUACAACGAGAAGUCCUGGAUCCUGUACUGUUCGGGUGGGAGGUGCGCUGCCUGCCACAAUAGGAGAGAGACUGACAUACCCGUGCCUCCCUCCUCCAACAGAAUUGGAAUAUAUCUGGACUGGGUGUCCGGCACCCUGUCCUUCUACAGUGUGUCCUCUGGUGAGCUGACGCUCCUGUGCAGGUUCACCUCCACGUUCACUGAGCCCCUCUAUCCUGCGUUUGGCUUUUGGGUGGGCUCCUCAAUGUCACUGUGCGAGCUGUGAUAGGAACACGCACUCGGACGCACGCACACUCCUCAUUAUGUAGUAAUGUGUUUCUAAGCUUCCUCUGUGUAAAACUCCAUCAUGUAAAGCGUUCAUUCCGGCUCCUGGGUUAUUGACCCCAUCCUCAAGUUUCCAAGUUCUGGUGGACUUUGUGUUCUUCAUACUGGUUUUUCCAGCACUGUCUGCUGAAGUUGUCUGGUGGUGAUAAAUCAUUCUAGCUGGCUUUGGGUUCACUGUAUUGGAAAGGACCGCCCCUUGUUACCUUUAACCACAGCUUGCCUUCUAGCACACAAGCUCAGUGUUCAGCAUUGACCUGCCAUUGCACUCUGUUCAAAGUAAAUGUGUUGGAGGGGUUACUGAUGAGGUCCCACAGAGGUCCAAUGUGUUACUGAGAAGUAAGCGUUUAUCCUGGUAGACAGAUCGCAAGUUUGAAUAUAUCUGAUGCAACGGCCCUAGAAAAGUUGUACCCAUGUUCAGUAACCCAUGUUACAGAGUUUUUUCGGCUUUUCCCAAUGAUAUACAAGUCAUGGGCCAAUGAGACAGACUUUUCAACGACAUAUGAUAACUUCCUCUUAAUUUUGUAUUGUUUUUCAUUUUCUUUUAUUUCAGUUCCGACAUGUUCCCUUUUACUUUUUUAAUGCUUUUUGUUCACGUACCUCCCUGUACUAAGAUGGGUCUCAAAACUCACCUCUUUCAGGGUCACUUCUCCCCUGAUCUUGUAAAUUCUGGAUAAAUAUGCAUGCAUGUGUUAUGUUUAAUAUUUUUUAAUGAGAAUUUGUUUAACAAUGGAAAAGCCAAUAUGCAGCUACUUCUGUAGUGUACACCGGUUUAUACCGUGGUUUGUGACAAAUCGACUGUACUCGUGAAUCACGUGUCUACAUCCAGAUCUCUCCUCCUGUUAGUGUAUUGUACUUUUUGUAUUGUUCUCUGAGAUAUGUCACUUUGGAGAAAAGAGUGUGUUAAAUAAAUAAAUGUAAAUGUAACUGUACUCCAUCUGUCUUGUACACUUUCACAGCAUGAUAGUGGUGAGUAAAGUGUCUCUGUAAAGUCCAGGAACACAUUGUUUUUCUCCCCAUUGGAAAUAAUGACAAAGAACCUUGGUAUACAGACCAUUUUCAGGAACAAAUUAGGUCCGUAUAACUGGGAUACCUGUAUUUACUACUAUGAUCCGUUACAUUUCAUAGUUGUGAUGCUGAAGGACUCCUCACAGUUAUACCAGAUCACUCUUCUUCUCCGUUGCCAAAUGCCUUUUUUUCAAGUUUAAUUCAUUACCAAGUG